AUGCACCCCGGGGCACAGGGCUCGGGAAAGAUCGCAACCAUGGGCAACGCCAAGUCGGUCAAGCUCAACGGCCGCGUGUACGAGGUCUGCGGGAAGCUCGGCAGCGGCGGCUUCUCCGAGGUCUACCUCGUCGAGGGCCAUCGUCAUGGCAGGAAGCAGCGCUACGCGCUCAAGGUCAUGGCGUGCGUCGAGGACGACCAGCUGCAGCGGGCGCUGCUCGAGAUCCAGCUGCAUCGGCGCCUCGCCCACCCCAACGUGCUCCCGCUCGUCGAGUCGGAGAUCCGCAUGAAGCGCUAUGGCCAGCGGUCCGAGGUCGAGAACGUGCUCGGGCGGACGAAGGAGGUGCUUUUGCUCUUCCCCGUCCUGGCCCGCGGGUCCAUCCAAGACGUCUUGAACGACGCUGCCACGCAGAAGGCGCCUGCGUUCACGCAAGACGAGUGCGUCCGCCUCUUUGAAGGGAUCGUCCGAGGUGUCAUGGAGAUCCACCAGCUCGGACUCGCCCAUCGCGAUCUCAAGCCGGCCAACAUCCUCCUCGAUGAUGCCAACACGCCGGUCGUCAUGGACCUCGGGUCCGUAGCGCCCUUGACGACGCGCGUGACGUCGCAACACGAUGCGCUCGCAAUGGUCGAGACAGCCGCGCAAUAUUCCAGCGGCGCCUUCCGCGCACCCGGUGCGUCCAUGCUCUCGAUGGUCGUCUUCCUCACGUCGGCCACGGACGUCUGGAGCCUCGGAUGUGUGUUGUAUGCCAUGGCGUACGGGCCCUUUGGUCCCUUCGAGUCGGCGACCGAAGGGAUCAAGGUCCUCGCGAUCCGCAAUGGAACAGUUCGAUUCCCCAAGUCACCUCCGUACUCGUCGGGCUUUUGCAUGCUCAUUCAGGACAUGCUUCAAGUGUCCCCGGACGCGCGACCGUCGCUCGCCCACGUCGUUGCCCGCCUUGGCAAGCUCACGACCGCCUCCAGUCCACCAACGUCGUCGUCGACGCAAGCCUCGACAGUCUCCUCGUCAUCGAGCAGCCGCCGCCUGAGCCGCCACCUGUCGUCAAAGGCAGCCGAGUGGGCCGACUUUUCCCAGUUCUCGGCGCCCGUGCGACCAACCCCGCCGUUGCUGCGCUAUGCAAGCGCCGACGCAGCUGCCACGUCGCCUCGGAAAGCGCCGCGUCGAUCGUUCUCGGACCGCGAUCAGCUCGCACGUCACGGCCGGAUGAUGCUCCAGCACGCGCUGGCGCCGUAGCCAGCUCUCUUCAACGUGAUGGAUGGAUGCAUUCGAG